AAAAAUGUCAAUCUGUCAAAAGAAAACAAAAUGGCUGCAAAGUGGCAAAGUGUUUUGAUCUUGUCUUGAUCACAUUGCAUUGUACAAUAAAGUAAAAUUAUACUAAACUUCCACAUAAAAUAAAGUUAACGUUAUAGUUAUAGGAAUUCAAGAAAAGGUGUACAGUUAAGAUUUUAUUAUUAGUCUAGUCAAAAAAAUGGAGAACAAGGAAAACAAGAGUAAAAAAGACAAACACGAUGAUAACGAGGAAUAUCGUAAAGAAAAGAGGUCAAAAAGAGCUCGUACACGAUCACGAUCUCGCAGCCGUGAUCGUGAUGCUAAAAAAGAUCGCGAUAGGGACUCAAGACGUAAACGGAGACAUUCCAGAAGCCCUGACGCUUCCGAUAAACGUAGAAAUGAAGCGUCCAGAAUUGAUGAAAAGAAGCCACCACCGGAAAAGAAAGCAAAGGAUACCGAUAUGUUAAAUACAAGAACCGGCGGCGCUUAUAUUCCACCGGCUCGUCUUCGAAUGAUGCAAGCUCAGAUAACUGACAAAUCUUCUAUGGCGUAUCAGAGGUUAGCUUGGGAAGCACUUAAAAAGUCGAUACAUGGCCACAUCAACAAAAUCAACGUAGGAAAUAUCGGUAUAAUUAUAAAAGAGUUGCUGAAGGAGAACAUUGUCCGUGGACGUGGUUUACUAUGUCGAUCUGUCAUCCAGGCGCAAGCUGCUUCGCCGACAUUCACUAAUGUUUACGCAGCGUUGGUUUCGGCGGUAAACUCUCGGUUUCCAAAUAUUGGUGAGUUACUACUAAAAAGGUUGGUUAUCCAGUUUAAAAGAGGUUUCAAGAGGAAUGACAAGGCUAUAUGUAUAUCAUCUGCAUCUUUUAUUGCUCAUCUUGUUAAUCAAAGGGUUGCCCAUGAGAUCCUCGCAUUGGAGUUGUUAACAUUACUUGUUGAGACUCCGACUGAUGACUCUGUUGAGGUAGCUAUAGCAUUCCUUAAAGAAUGUGGACAAAAACUCACUGAGGUAUCUUCCAAAGGAGUAAAUGCUAUAUUUGAGAUGUUGAGGAACAUUCUACAUGAGGGACAACUGGAUAAGAGAGUUCAAUACAUGAUUGAAGUGAUGUUUCAAGUUUGGAAGGAUGGUUUCAAAGAUCAUCCUGCCCUGAUUGAAGAGUUGGAGCUGGUGCCUGAAGAGGAACAGUUUACGCAUCUAUUGAUGUUGGAUGAUGCUACUGAUCCACAGGAUAUCCUCAAUGUAUUCAAGUUAGAUGAAAAAUAUGAGGAGAAUGAACAAAAGUACAAAACUUUAAGCAAAGAUAUUCUCGGCUCCGAUGCUGAGUCUGGGGCAGAAGAUGGCACUGGCGAGUCAGGCAGCGACGAGUCAGAAGAAGAUGAGGAAGAAGAACAGAAGGAAAUGACGAUAAUAGAUAAUACGGAAACCAAUCUUGUGGCCCUACGUCGGACUAUCUAUCUUACUAUAAACUCCAGUUUAGACUUUGAAGAAUGUGCUCACAAAUUGAUGAAAAUGCAGCUUAAACCUGGACAAGAGGUGGAACUAUGUCAUAUGUUCCUUGACUGUUGUGCGGAGCAGAGGACAUAUGAAAAGUUUUAUGGUUUAUUAGCACAAAGAUUUUGUAAUAUUAACCGGAUGUACAUUGGUCCGUUUGAAGAAAUCUUCAAAGAUUCUUAUUCUACUGCACAUAGAUUGGAUACAAACCGUCUGAGGAAUGUGAGCAAGUUCUUUGCUCAUCUGUUGUUCACAGACUCUAUUAGUUGGGAGGUGAUGGAAUGUGUUCGUUUGAAUGAAGAGGAUACUACAAGUUCGAGUCGUAUUUACAUCAAGAUAUUGUUUCAAGAGCUCGCAGAGUACAUGGGGCUGAAGAAAUUGAAUGAACGGCUCAAGGACCCGACAUUGCAAGAGGCCUUUGGUGGUCUCUUCCCCCGCGACAACCCGAAGAAUACUCGGUUUUCUAUUAAUUUCUUCACUUCUAUAGGUUUAGGAGGUCUAACAGAUGAACUUCGAGAACAUUUGAAACAAAUGCCUAAGAAUGUCCCCGCACAAAUAACCAAUAUCACAGUAGACACCAGUUCCAGCAGUUCCAGUUCUAGUUCCAGCAGUUCCGAUUCUUCAUCCAGUGACUCCAGUUCUAGUGACUCAUCCGAUGAAGAUACAAGUAAGAAAGCUGAAAAAAAGAAAAAGUCAAAAGAAAAGAAAAAACAGUCAGCUCAACGUAAUGAAGAGAAGCCCAAGGAAAAGGAUAAAGAAGCACAAGACAGAUGGGGCCAUGAUGGUUUUUAUGAUACUUAUGGACAAGAUGCUCGAAGAAUGAAUUCCAGACCAGAAAGAUCAGAAAGAGACACUUUUGCUAGACCAAAUGGAGGAUCGCGAAGGGAUGACUUUAGAAAUGGAGAUACCGAUGGUGACAGGCGACGAAACAAUAGAAGAGAAGACGAUAGACAAGACAGCUACAGAAGAAAUAGAGACGAAAAUUAUGAAAGAAGCAGGGAUCGUGAAGAGAAUAGAAGAGAAAGAGACCACGAGAGUGAUAGACGCAGAAAUCAAAACGAAAAAGAUUUACGUAACGGAGACAGAGAUAGCAGAAAUGAUAAAAGACAUGAUAAUAAAGAAACCAACAGAAGUGAUCGAGAGGAUGUGAAUUCUAAACGACCUAGUAGAGACGAAGAACACAGGAGAUAUCGCGAAAGCGAUACAGAUAAGAGAGUACAAAGAGACGAAGAUCCUGAUAGAAGUAAGCGGAGACCAAGAGACGAGAAAGAGGCAGACAAAAACAAUAGAAAAGAGAGAGAAGGAGAAAACACUGACAAAGAUAAAACAAGACAAAGAGAUAAAAAUGAUGUUGAUGAAGGUAAACGAAGAGAAAGGGACCGAGAAGAUGCUGAAAGACAAAAAAGAAAACAACGAGAUGAAGAAGAAUCCGAUAGAAAUAAGAUAAGACAAAAGAGAGAUGAUAACAAUUAUAAAGAUACAAGAGAAAAAGAAGACCAAAAUACUGAAAGAGAUAAGAGACGAGAAAGAAACAUAGAGGAAUUAAACAGAGACAACCGAAAACAACGAGAAAAUAGGAAACAAAGAGAUGAAGAUGACAUUGUUACAAAUAAGGAUUCAAGAAAGAUCAUUCGGAACGAGAAAGAAAAAGAUUGCGAUAAAAGAAAAGAGGAGAAUGUACGAUCUAAUGUAAUAGAAAAUAAAAAAGUAUCGAAACAUUCUAAAGAAAUGGAUGAUGUUUCCAAUGAUCGCUCAAAUAGAAACAUCAAGUCUAAAGUUCACACAGUCAGUAAGGAAGAAUCAAAUAAAAGCAAAAGUAAUGAAGAAUAUAAAAGCAAAAGCAAGAAUGACAGAGAGAAAGAUAGCAAACAUGAUACGAAAAAGAAGAAUAAAAAUAGAGACGUAAGCAGCAGUAGUAGCAGUAGCAGUGACAGCAGCAGCAGCAGCAGCAGCAGUAGCAGUAGUAGUAGUGAAGAAGAAUCCAGAACAAAGAAAAGUAAAAAGAAGUUGAAAGAUGUCAGACAUAAAGAAGAUACUAGAAGUAAGAAGAGUAAAAAUAAAAAGAAGGUCGAAGAUAGCAGUAGUAGUGACAGUAGUAGCGAAAGUGAUGAUGAAGAAAAUGAAAAAAAUAAACUUGGCGGCCGAUAUUGGAACACUUUUGACAUUGAAUCCACAGUUAAAUCCAAGUAAAAGGAAAUCUUAUGAUUGUGAACGCUCCUGUAAAUAUUAAAUGGAUUUUAAUUUGUAAACUAAGUAAUUGAUUGUUAAUUAAACAUUUAAAAGAG